AUGUGUCUCACUAUGAGUGCAUCCUUGUUGCUGCUGCUGCUCCUGAUGGCCAGUGUGAGAGCAAAGAAACAAGACACAGUGGUUCCACUGGAGGACCCCGGCUCUCGCCUGCGAGGCCUCUGGAAGCUGCACAUGAGGGACGCCCUGCUGAAAGGAAAAGGUUCUGGUCCUCAUCCAAAUAGAGAAGGGGUCAAACAGCAACUGCUGUACUGCCGUGUUGGGAUUGGCUACCAUCUGCAGAUCCUGCCCAGCGGCUCUGUUGGAGGCAUCCACAAACCCACCGAGUACUGUUGGCUGAAGGUGUUUGCGAUGAAACAUGGAGUGGUGGGGAUCAGAGGGGUCAACAGUGGCUUGUACCUGUGCAUGAGUGGACAAGGACAGGCAUAUGGAGCAGAGCAGUUUUCUGAUGACUGCCUGCUGAAGGAGAACCUGGAGGAGAAUCACUACACCACCUACUCCUCCCUGUCUCACCCGGGUAUCUAUCUGGCUCUGUCCCACAAAGGAGAGCUCAGGAGGGGAAACAGCGUGGGCCGCCACCAGGCCUGCACCCACUUUCUACCUCGGAGGACAGCAUGA